GGGGAGUGAACCCGUAUCUGUGAGGAGUCACCCCGCGGAACCAUGGGAUCAUCAACGCUGGGGAAGGCAGCCCCCCUCAACACGUUACUGGAUGCCUGCAUCCAGGCUUUUGGUGAGUGACCAAUCACAGAAACACAGUGGGGAAGCUAUCUCAGUGGUGUGUGAUGUGAUCCAUAGAGAUAUAGAUACUGUAGGUGUUCCUCUUCUAUGGUGUGAUCACUCUCCACAGAUGACAAUGGGGAGUUGCAGUCCAACCAGCUCCCGCGCACCCUGCUGCUGAUGCACCGCUGGUAUGUCACGUCCAAAGAGCUGGCUGGGAAGCUGCUCAUGAUAUAUCCUUCCAUGUGGAUUCACACCAGAACAACAAAGAACAAUGGUCAUAUGCCAUUUAGAGCCUUUCUGGUAGUGUUUAGAUAUGGCAGAGUAUACAAUAUGGACGCUAUGGAAUGCUGUGUUCCCUGUCUGUGCCAAAUGUAUUUUCUGGGUGGUGAGACACUGACUAACCCUGACCGACUUUUCCUGAGUAUACAAACUCUCUUUGUGUCAUUUCUAGCAACAAAUUAUUAUUGGUUGAUCGCACAGCUCUGGGUUAAUGCAGAUUGUCCUAUCAAAACAUCAGGAAGAAUUAGACAUGUUCCUUAAGUGCAAAUGCAUUUGAGAGCAAUGUUAGAGAUAAAGAACCGCUUCAAAAGAAAUGCAACUUGGAUUGAAUCUAUACCUAAUAGCGUUCCAUUUCUCUAUAUGAUUUCUAUCAGUUAGCAGCGUUCUGGACGGUGUUUUCCUGGAGACUCCAUACCACUAAGUGGUUUGAUGUCGCGUGCAUCUUCUUCAGACGAGCACUCAACAGGGGACGGCAUAUUCUCAGAACUCUUUGCUUCCAUCAUACAUCAUGACCCUGAGAUAUUACUCUGCCUGGCGUCAGGCCUCUCCACUGAUGACCGAUUAACCAAUCUUUUCCCUGCUGUUGGUUGGAGUAAUGGCUGUGGUGCUCCAGAUGGAAGUUGCCCCUAACCGCAGGUCUAGAAUCAGACUAGAUAACCCAACCUCCAGUCCUGAUCCUAAAAAUAUGUGACCCAGGACCAGUUUGUGGCAAAUUCUAUAUUUUCCAUGCAGUAUGAAGCUGCUUCAGAUGAGAGCCAGAGCAGACAGCUUCUUCCAUGUGACAGAAUACAAAGGCACUAUUCUGCCCUUACUCUCACUUUUUGCUUUUGCUUUAACCCAACAAAAUAUACAGUACUUAUCUUUGUCCUUCAGUACUUAAUAUACAGUACUUAUGUAUAUUAUGGACUCACCCUAUUGUUUGUGAGUUAGCCCAUGAGAAUAUUUCUUCAGUCUUCUUGAGAGAAGGAGAGACCAAUUGAUUAUGUGUGUUUUUCACAGUCAUGUAUACAUCCAAUAAGCAUCCAUCGUGACCCUCCAUGCUGGGAGAGUUCCAAAGUACCACAGUGAAGGCAGGGGUUUGUCUGCUCUACUGCAUGCUUGUGACUGGAUCCUGGGCAGAGAAACAGCUGUGUUCCUUUGAAGGUGAUAGCAGACAGGCUACGCUGCAGACAUGGCUCCCUGCCCAUGGCCUCUCCAAAGCUACUUCUAAGAUCUAUAUUUCAAUGGUUCGAGGUAGGAAAACUUUGGCCCAGUAACAGUUAUUUAGAGAAUGCACACAUGUAGUGGUGGAGAGGUUCAUCACAUGGCCUCACCUUCCAUUGUUUUUACUUCCAGAUACUGGGCAUUCCUCUCUGAACACUUUAGUUAUUCUUCAUGAGAGGAGACCUUUUGUCCAACUAAUAAAUGUACAGCUGUUUCUCGUGAAAUAUAUUUUAUUGUUGUGUUUUUUGGGAGGGGUGGGGGGUUGUUGGAAAUGGGGAAUGGUGUCCAUUUGUAAUGGGGCUUCGGGCAAUGUCUCCAAAAAGUGCUAAACUGUCCUUGACACAACCCCACGUACCGUGACUGCCAGGGAGAUGAGUGCCAAAGAACGAGACUGAAGAUCUGCUAUUUAAUGAGGUAAAAAAAACACUACUACAUACCCAGAAGUUUCUGAGCUCUUUAGUAUUGAAGAUGUUUUUUAUUGCUAGGCAACCCGCCCCCUCGGCUGAAAAUGUUGUGCGGGUUGUGUGCUCCUCUCUCGGGGCUCUGUGACUGACUGGCUGGUACAAUGAGGGAUGCGAUGAUGUCAUUGGAAGUGACAGCCAGUGGCUGUCCUCAUGAGAUGUGGGCCACUGCCAGCCAUCUGAAGUGGAGAUAUUGUUUGGGGGAAAGCAUUCUAUGACUAAGGAGUCUUGUGAUCCAUUACUUACCCAGAAAAGUCCUCAGGCAAUCUGUAACAGCAUACUCAGACCCUCAUUUCACUGGUAAACCCCUUUAAAGCAAUUCUCCACCAAUGUCUGCCAAUCCAUUACAUCUGUCCUACUAUUCUGUGUGCAACCUUGAUAUGAAAUUCAAAGACUAAGUAAAUCAUCUGAAUUUAAUGUUAACUACUGUAACGAGGGGCCAGUCUAAAGUUCAUGCUAUUUUGCAGUUAAUUUUAAUCUGAAGUGGUAAUAACACAAUGGCCAUUCACUUGUUAAAGGAGCAUAAUGCUAUUGGUUCUCUGUAUUCAUUUGUUGUUUCCAGAUUAAGAAAACAUGAUUUGUUGGGUUGGUAAAAAUCUAGGCCAUGUUUAUGACUAUGUUUGCUGGACUUGCCGAUCUCGCCAUAUCACACUACAAAUCACUGCGCAAGGAGCCCCCAGCAGUCCUUGUGCAGAGUCAGUGUGUGCCUUUGCCCUCUGAGACUAUGAUAUCAUUGUGAAUCAUUCAUUUAUAACAGGCACUACUGCUUGGGGCUACACACUAUGAUGUUCAGCCAUAAUGUACACAUGCAAACAAACAGUCAACAUUUUAUAUAUGUUAAAUCAGCCAUUCUGCUGUGCUGUGUGUUCUCAGGUACUGGAUUACGGUGUUCCCUGCAGAGUUUAAUCUGGACCUGGGCCUUAUCCACCUCACUGAGGAGUUCAGAGAUGUGGCGGCUCAGCUGGGCUGUGAGGAACACUUCAAACUCAUUGACAUCUCCACCAUGUGAGGGACUACCCAAGGACGGGCGGACACACACACACACACACACACACACACACACACACACACACACACACACACACACACACACACACACACACACACACACACACACACACACAGUUUCAACAGAUUGUAUGUAUUUCUUUCUAGUCCAUCAUAUGACUGGAUGAGAAAGCUGACCCAGAGGAAGAAGCAAGCCAAGAAGGGCAAAGCCUCACUCCUCUUUGACCACCUAGAGCCCAUGGAGCUGGCUGAACACCUCACGUUCCUGGAGUACAAGUCCAUCAGGAGGAUAUCAGUGAGUGUCCCUGGUGGAAAAAGACACUUGCCCUGAGAACCGAUCCACCUGCUGGGGUCCUUUCAUCCCUAUCUAACCCCUGUGUGUGACAUUCCUCAAGACUCUUUCCAAGAGUACUUUUUCCACAGAACUCUUUUUAGCCCCUCUAGUACUGUUACUAAGUACAAGAACAAAGCUUUGGCUGUCAACUAACCUCGUCCCCAGGCUUAUUGCGCACCACCACAGAGUAUGUUCUUAGAUACGUUUGCUCUACAUUUCAGUUAGUUUGAUUUGCUGGGUAGUUUACUUGUAAAUUCACCAGCAAUGUAAGGCACAGUAUAUGCCAAUGACGUCUUUGUAAUCUACUCAGCCGACUGUACAUGCCAUGUACACUAACUCUCCCUUUCUCCAACCCCCAAACCCAGUUCACAGACUACCAAAGCUAUGUAAUGCACGGAUGUCUGGUGGACAACCCAACGCUGGAGCGCUCCAUCGCCCUGUUUAACGGAGUGUCCCAGUGGGUUCAGCUCAUGGUGCUCAGUAAGCUGACACCACAACACCGCGCUGAGGUCAUCACCAAAUACAUUAACGUGGCCCAGGUAGGAAGAGAGGAAGAGAGCACUUCCUAGUUGUAGGUUUGAUGGUAACACUUUACAUUACAGUGCCCUUAUUACUUUGUAAUUAUUUCUGUGUACCAAGUAUUGUUACUUACCCCGUAUUUAGGGUUAGGGUUAGGGCAACGGUUGAAUUGGGAAUAAAGAUGCAGGGAGCAUAAAGAGUGUAUGUGGAAGACGUGUCCAUUAUGUAUAAGCACAGCAUUGUCUUACGUCAGGUGGUGUCACUCUUACGCGACACUCGUCCCUCAACCGAGAUUCAUGCUCAUGCAUUUCCCUGUUGAACUGCCCAAGAGGCCUGUCAUGACGCAGUGUGAUUUACUACAGCCUCCUCAAAAUGAAACGACCAACUAAAUGAUAACAAUCAUUUAAAUAAAUAAAACUAUCUGUGGAGUCGUAUAGGACAGUGCCAUAAGAGGGCCCUAAAGGGUUCAAAUUGGACAUUUGUUAAAGUCUGCUCCUUCAUAUUACCACAGCGUUUAUCCGUGAGUGGGUGGGGUUCUUCCCUCUCGAUCUCUCUCUCGCUCUUUUUCUAUCCCUGUCUCCCUCUCUCUCGCUCUCUCUGACAGCUGGGGCGUUGCUGGUUCACGCUUAUUCACUCACCCCACCUCUCCACUUACAUUCUAUAUUCCAUAACUUCUCACAAUUUCAUUUGUCUGAUGAGCUACAACCUGCCCACUCUGACACAAGCAACUGUAAAGGAGGUUGGGGCAAUUUUUUGAGGCAUACAUUUUCAUUAAAAGUACGAUACUGUAACUCUUGACAUAAAUAGGGGGUUUCUUUUGCCUCCAUGUGCAGAACCUCUCUCAUUAUAAGUACAUGAACAUCCUGAAGGAGAAGGAACAACAGAGGAAGCUAGAGGGACUCAUGGUUCAAUAUGAAACAUGUACCGUAUAUUAAUCAGACAGUUAGCUGAGCCUGACUUGCAUUAAAUCAUCUGUAUCAAUGGAGCUGGAACAUUGUCAAUUAGAUCACAAACACCCUCUGCUCAUUAAAAGCUACUGCUGCCCACACAUGCCUUUCUUUUCUAUUAUAGAAAGGAUUUCUCUAUAUGCUUUCCUCAUGUAUCCUUAUCAGCAAUUUAAGUCUAGUCUUACAGCUUAUGGUGAGAAAUUGUAUUUCUUAAUGCUGUUUAACAGGCUGUGUAUCAUAACGUUUUUCAACAUUAAUCCACAAGAGCUUUCACAAGAUUCAUUACAUAAGUAACCUUAGAACUCAAAUGCACCCAGUAUUUUUGAAAGUUAUGAUAUGAUGGCACAUUGUAGUCGAACUACUUUUGAUCUAUCCCCUUACUCUUUGUGAGAAACGAGAGAGAUCAGUGCAGGAGGAAUCGUUGCGCUAUCUGACGUAAGACAAUGUAAGAACAGGGCAUCCCUCUAGCAAUAACACUGUCUCAUCUCGAUUAAUGCGAUUCUCCAUGUCUAAUUGCUGGGGGGGUGACAUUAAGCAUCAUGCAUGCUAUUGGGCCUCAAUCUCAUCAGAUACCAGGGGUUUCUCCCUCCAUUAUCAUCUACCAGGAAUUAGAUAAAGGAAUUAUUCAGAAGACUAAUGACUAGCACUCAUGCUCAUGUCUGCUUCCGCUGUUUGUGCAGGCAAUCUCUCAGCUAAUGCAGAAGCUGUUCAACUCAAGAGGGCUCAUUGUUUUUAGUUUUUUACAGGCAAAGCUUCUCGCAUUUUUGAAAUAAGAUGUUAAAACACGUUCCCUUGACGUUAUUGACUGCAUAAGCUCAAUGUAAAGAGAGCUUAAUUGAUGUUGGUUUAUGUUGCUUUAGAUACUGUAUUGGAAUAAAGUUGUUUUAGGUAUGUUCAUUUGUUUUUAUUGUAAUUUGUAUUUCUCUUCCUCAUUCUCUCUCUCUCUAUCUCUUCCCUCCCUCCAUCUCACUCUACCUCCCCUCUCUCUCUCUCUCUUCCACUUUGUUCCAUGCCACUCUGUCCUUCAGAAACUCCUCCAACUGCAGAACUUUAAUACGCUGAUGGCUGUGGUGGGAGGUCUGAGUCACAGCUCCAUCUCUCGUCUGAAGGAGACCCACUCUCAUCUGGCUCCUGAGGUCACCAAGGUCAGCACGCACGCCUGCCUCUGCUCUGUCACAGCCUCACUAAUAUCAUCUGAUGUGAUUCUACAUUUUCAUUUACUUUAGAUCAUGGUCAUAUUCAUUUAGAAUCUUCUAAGGAUCAAUUUAGAUCAAUUCAUCAACUGCCAUGUAGUGAUGGUUUCAGAAAGCACACCACGCAGAAUUGAUAUUGUCCUAAUUUCCUGGCAUUUGAUGUUACAUUUGAUACCGAUCUGUAUCAUAUCGAUUGCUGUUAUGUCACUCUCUCUGUAUCUUUCUGGUGCUGUAUCUAAUAUCGGUAACACUUUACUUGACACACAGCAUCAUAACAUGCUAUGACACGGUCAUAACCAUGUCAAAAAAGUCCCGUGUAGCUCAGUUGGUAGAGCAUGGCGUUUACAACGCCAGGGUUGUGGGUUCGUUUCCCACGGGGGGCCAGUAUGAAAAAAACAAAAAAACAUGUAUGUAAAAAAACAUGUAUGCAUUUAGCAUCUGCUAAAUGACUAAAAUAUUUUACAUUUAUAAAAUGUCAUAACAGCUGACAUAACUUGUCAUAACCUGUUAUAAUAUGGUCAUAACACUUUUAUGACACAUAUAUUUACACCUGUUGUGAUAUAUAUUGCGUUAUUUUAUGGCUGGUUAUGACGCCUACAUAUAAGUGUCAAAACCCACAAAACCUACCACACAAGGUAAAACAUUCCAUAACACCAUAGCCUAAUGUCAACAUUAUACUUAUGUUGUAUAUAUAUUUUUUUAUUGACCAUAUGAAAUUAUCAUUGUAAUUGCGCACACAUUGAUAUCAGACAUGCACCUACCCCAAUGCUCUGUUGCUGAUAACUGGGAUGAAUGCAGGAGCAGAUUUCAGGAGCAGGACAAGACACCCUCUUUUUGACUGAUGACUGACAUAAGGGCAUGUACGUGAUAGGCCUAUCUGGCUUACAGUAUAUGAUUCUGAUGGUCAUAAUGCUUCUUGAGUGUCAUAAAGUGUAUUUCCUACAAGUUAUUUAAGAUAUGAGGAAAAAAACAUGACUUUAAAGAAUUCAUUACAACAACAACAAAGGAUUUAAGAAACAAACUUUCAAAUGAAAGGAAACUUCUUGGCAGGGAAAAAACGAGUUUCACACUCUUAUGUAGGUGUCAUAACCAGCCAUAAAAUAAUCAUAACGUGUUAUGACACUGGGUGUCAAGUAAAGUGUUACCCUAAUAUCUAUGCUGUCCACCACUUCCUGACAUCUUACCGCUCCCAUCAGAUCUGGAAUGAGAUGACGGAGCUGGUCUCCUCCAAUGGGAACUACUGUGCUUACCGCAAGGCGUUCACAGAUUCCGAAGGCUUCAAGGUCCCCAUCCUGGGAGUCCACCUGAAGGACCUGAUCGCCGUGCACGUGGUCUUCUCUGACUGGGUGGACGACAACAAGGUGAACAUCGUUAAGAUGCAGCAGCUCUACCUCACCUUCAACGAGCUUGUGUCCCUUCAGAGUGCUGCAGCCCAGGUGGAACCCAACAUGGACCUCAUCUACCUGCUCACCGUGAGUGUCCCGCCCUAAAAGGUCCCCCGUCAACAGGAAAUGGACUUGUUUAUCGUUCUAUCACUGAAUUUGUCAUUUCAGUGGGAUCAUAGAAAAGAGUAACAUGAUUAUAAAUGUUUGUUAUUGCAGAAAGGCUGAAUCUGUUUUAAUGUUUAAUCGUAAACAAUUUCCUCCAGCUCUCUCUAGACCUUUACUACACUGAAGAUGAGAUAUAUGAGCUAUCCUUGCUAAGGGAACCACGGAACCCAAAGUCUUUGGUAAGUCUCCUUGUUGUGGUUUAUAGGCUGCAUUGUUGGCGCUAUAGUUAUUAGAAAAAUGAAAUGUAUAAAAAUAUAAAUACUACUGUAUACCUGAGGGUUCCUAUCUUAACUCUCCAUCUUUUCCCUCUCCACAGCCUACCUCUCCGACAACCCCCAACAAGCCAAUGGCCCCUCUGGACUGGGCUUCAGGUGUGACAACCAAACCUGACCCCAAUGUGGUGAACAAGCACAUCAGGAAGGUGGUGGAUGUAAGUUGCUUCCAUUACAGUAACUGAUAUGUGUCUUCUCUUGAAUAAAGUCCAGGAGGACAUAGCUUAGCUGUGGUCUGAACUCUUGAAAAUUGUACUAUCUACAGGAUGGGUAUCCCGUCCAAAAAUAUCUCAUUCAUUAUUUCAAGAAUCAGUCUGUGGCUAUUUCUGUCACAAUACCAAAUAUUUGAGUAGGUAUAUAAACCAACAACUACUAAAAUAUGACUCACAAAAUUACUGGCACUUGUAAAUCAUUUCAAGUAUUUUGUUCAUGUCUUUUUCUGGGAAGUCUGUAUUCAGGAACUACGACCAUGACCAUGAUGGCUACAUCUCUCAGGAGGACUUUGAGAGUAUUGCUGCCAACUUUCCUUUCUUGGACUCCUUCUGUGUGUUGGACAAGGACCAGUGAGUGACCCUGUCUACCAUUGAAAUAUGACAGCUUCAGAGGUGUCACAACUAAGCCACCUCAUCCUCCUCUUCCAUUUCCCGCUUUCUGUCACCAACAAACACCCUCUCACAUUGCCUUUUUCUCACUCACACAUACGUGCAUGCGCACAUACGCACGCACGUUCCACACAUACACACAUGCAAACACAUUUUAACGUUUCCACACCUAACACAUCUAAUACAUCUCACCUUAUUUGCCUUUCACACAUAAACCCCAUUUCUCUCUAUCUCCCUCUCUCACAGUCGUCUGAUUCUUGUGCCUGUUUAAUAUUUGCCUUUAAAGCAGCUACGAGCAUCCAAGAUGCUAUAAGACUACAUCUGGAGGUAUUCUGAAAAUUUCACAGCGAGAUACAGUAACUGGCCAUCAACAACCAUUAUUCACCACACAAAGCUACAGUAUAAAUGAGGUCAUUGGUAAUGUUAAACAUCCUCUCAUAAAUCUGCAGGAAAACCCUGUGAAGUCACAACAGAGUCAUAUCUGCUUUUAGCCUUGCCCUGCCUUGACUGGGAGUGGUGCUUUGUCGCCAUGGUUUGAGGAGGGGGGAGGUGAAGGUUAUGGCAGCCCGUGAAGGACAGACAGUGCCACACACAGUGCUCUGCCGUCGUGUCCUGGGCCGUUCAUCUGUUCACUGGAACGCUUCAAAUCACAUUUCAGCUCGCCUGAGCAGCUCCAUGACUCAGGAAAUAGGUCUGGGAGGCUGAGCUCCUUAGGAGGGAGACUGGAGACAUGUAGGGACUGGAGCUGCCACAAACCACCUGGGUGUCUAAUCUAGAGCACUGUUGUAGAUCUCUUCCUGUCUGGAUAAAACAGAAAUAAGGGAUGGGAUUUACUGUAAUGUUUGCAUAACAGGAGCUGUCAUUCUCUCCUUCGUAUUAUCAUUCUCUUAUCUGUAUUAUUUCUUUGUCUUUCUCUCUCUGUCUACGUCUCUCUUUCUCUCUCCUCUACUACAGGGAUGGUCUGAUUAGUAAGGAUGAGAUGAUGGCUUACUUCCUGAGGGCCAACCCCUUGCUCCAGUACAAAAUGGGCCCUGGCUUUAUCCACAACUUUACGGAGAUGACGUAUCUGAAGCCCACCUUCUGCGAGCACUGUGCUGGAUUUGUAUGUAUACUGUGCACUUUGUAAUACACAUGAAUAUAAACAAACUGUUUAUGCUCAGAGAGACAGUGCAGUUUUGGUUGGAAGAAAAGUAUAGUGCUUUCUGGUUGUUUAGGUCAGCAACUCUGUGCUAUAUACUGCCAUCAAAUUAGUGCAAAACAGCUACAGAAUCAUACAGUGCUGAGAGAAGAUGCCUAUCUUUACUCUUUUAAUGACCUUCUGAGACAGAGAUGAUUCACAGUGCAUAGAGGGAUUCAAAAUACAGAGAUGCAAUAUGUUGCCAUGACUUCAGGAUACAUUGGUUUAUUAAAGUUGAUAAAAACAACACUGAAUCGUGUCGACGGAACAAUAAUGCGAUUUACAUGGUAAUGCCAACACUCACAUAGUCAACAAUGAAAGGAUGCACGUCUUACAUGAGAGAAGAGUUGUUGUUGCGUGUCAAAAUAUGUACACAAAUUAUGUUCUCGCUAUCUUUCUAUUUUUGUGUUGUUUUAGGCAUCACUUAGUGAAAAGAAAUGAGAAUUUAUACAGAGAAGUCCUACUAUUCUCAAAUGAGCAUACACACACACACACACACACACACAGAGAGAGUUUACAGGAAGGGUGUUGUGAGAGAUUGUAUCCUGUUUAUUACACAAUGGUUUCCACUGAAUAUGCUUCCAUCAUUACAAAUUCUAACAUUCCUUUGUCUUUUUCCACCUCCCUCCGAUUCCUGUCCCUCUGGACUUGUUGCUCUUAGCUCUGGGGAAUAAUCAAACAGGGAUACAAGUGCAAAGGUAGGCUCUAUGGACUGUAUGUAUCGACCUAUUUUCUAUUAUUCGGAGAACUGCACAUUUAAGACGUUUGGGAUUUUUCAUUAUACAUGCACUGUGAGGGCUAAGGCCUGACAGCACUGUUAUAUGUUCUGUUUCAGAUUGCGGGGUGAACUGCCAUAAGCAGUGCAGGGAGCUGUUGGUGCUGGCCUGUAGGAAGCUGCCGCGCUCCACCUCUCUGCGAAGUGUCUCCCCUGGAGGCCUGACCCACAGCUCUCUACCCAGCAGCCCCGCCAUGCCCACCUGUAAAGGUACAGCAACACUUUAGUGAUAUACUGUAACCAACAGCGUUUCAACUAUGAUGAUUGGUCAGUGUAUUUCAUUCCUGUCAUACUGUCCUCCCUGCAGAUGAGGACGAAGUGUUUGAGUUCCCCUCUGUGACACCUGGCGGUUCUGACCUGGAGCAUAAGUCAAUCACCCUGAUGACGGGCUCGGCCCAGCGGAUCUCUGUGCGUCUGCAGCGGGCCACCACCAGCCAGGCCACGCAGACAGAGCCUUUGUGGCCAGAGCACACCUGGGGGGCUGGGGACGGGGGCUCCCACACCUUCCCCAAGAUGAGGUACCGACCACACAGGAAGGCCUCCAAAAGCAAAGGCUUUGCCCGCUGGGAGAACGAGGCCCAGGGGCAAGCCAGGGGUCGGCGGGAUUCCCAGGAGCAGACGGACGGACCUGCAGAGGUGGUGCAGAAUGGGAUAACACCACACAGAGAGAAGGUAACUGCAGCUGAGAUUUGUGUGUGUGUGUGUGUUCCGGGAUUCAUCCGAUGGCAUUGAGGAGUUUACCACAUCAGUCACCGGCUUCAUUAAAAUGUAUGACAACGUUGUCCCCACAGUGACCGUACGUACAUAUCCCAUCCAGAAAUCAUGGAUUACAGGCAACAUCCGCACUCAGCUAAAGGCUAGAGCUGCCACUUUCAAGGAGCGGCACACUAAUCUGGAUGCUUAAAAUAAAUCCCACUACACCCUCCAACAAACCAUCAAACAGGCAAAGCAUCAAUAUAGAACUAAGAUCUAAUCCUAGUACACCGGAUCUGAUGCUCGUUGGAUGUGGCAGGGCUUGCAAACUAUCAUGAACUACAAACUGAAACCCAGCCGCAAGCUGCCCAGUGACACGAGCCUACCAGAGGAGCUAAAUGCCUUCUAUGCUCGCUUCAAGGCAAGCAAUACUGAACCAUGCAUGAGAGCACCAGCUGUUCUGGACGACUGUGUGAUCACGCUCUCCGUAGCCGAUGUGAGUAAGACCUUUAAACAGGUUAACAUUCAGAUUACUAGGAAGCAUACUCAGGGCAUGCGCUGACCAGCUGGCAAAUGUCUUCACUGACCUUUUCAACCUCUCCCUGACCCAGUCUGUAAUACCUACUUGUUUCAAGCAGACCACCAAUAGUCCCUGUACCCAAGAACGCUGAGGUAACCUGUCUAAAUGACUAUCACCCCGUAGCACUUACAUCUGUAGCCAUGAAAUGCUUUGAAAGGCUGGUCAUGGCUCACAUCAACACCAUCAUCCCUGGACCCACUCCAAUUCGCAUACUGCCUCAACAGAUCCACAGAUGACGCAAUCUCUAUUGCACUCCACACUGCUCUUUCCCACCUGGACAAAAGGAACACCUUUGUGAGAAUGCUGUUCAUUGACUACAGCUCAGCGUUCAACACCAUAGUGCCCUCCAAGCUCAUCACUAAGCUAAGGACCCUGGGACUAAACACCUCCCUCUGCAACUGGAUCCUGGACUUCCUGACGGGCCGCCCCCAGGUGGUGAGGGUAGCCAACAACACAUCCGCCAUGCUGACCCUUAACACGGGGGCCCCUCAAGGGUGCGUGCUUAUUCCCCUCCUGUACUCCCUGUUCACCUAUGACUGCGUGGCCGCGCACGACUCCAACACUAUCAUUAAGUUUGCUGACGACACAACAGUGGUAGGCCUGAUCACCGAUGACAAUGAGACAGCCUAUCGGGAGGUCAGAGACCUGGCAGUGUGUUGCCAGAACAACAACUUCUCCCUCAACAUCAACAAGACAAAGGAGCUGAUCGUGGACUAUAGGAAACGGAGGGCCCAGCAUGCCCCCAUUCACAUCGACGGGGCUGUAGUGGAGCGGGUCGAGGGCUUACAAGUUUCUCGGUGUCCACAUCACUAAGGAUUUAUCAUGGUCCACACACACCAACAAAGUCAUGAAGAAGACACGACAACACCUCUUCCCCCUCAGGAAGCUGAAAAGAUUUGGUAUGAUCAGAUCCUCAAAAAGUGCACCAUUGAGAGCAAUUUGACUGGCUGUGUCACCGCUUGGUAUGGCAACUGCUUGGCAUCCGACCACAAGGCCACUGUAGUGCGUACAGCCCAGUACAUCACUGGGGCCGAGCUCCAUGCCAUCCAGGACCUCUAUACCAGGCGGUGUCAGUGGAAGGCGCUAAAAAUUGUCAAAGACUCCAGCCGCUCAAGUCAUAAACUGUUCUCUCUGCUAUCGCACGGCAAGCAUUACCGAUGCACCAAGUCUGGAACCAACAGGACCCUGAACAGCUUCUACCCCCAAGCCAUAAGACUGCCAAAUAGUUAGUUAAAUAGUUAACCAAAUAACUACCUGGACUAUCUGCAUCAACCCUUUUUGCACUAACUUUUUUGUCUCAUCACAUAUGCUGCUGCUACUGUUUACUAUCUGUCACUUUAUUCCUAGUUACAGUAUAUGUACAUAUCUACCUCAAUUACCACGUACCCCUGCACAUGGACUCGGUACUGGUACCCCUUGUAUAUAGCCAAGUUAUCGUUACUCAUUGUGUAUCUAUUAUUACUUGUAUUAUUACGUGUUUUACUUUUCUAUUAUUUCUCUAUUUUCUUUCUCUCUGCAUUGUUGGGAAGGGCCAGUAAGUAAGCAUUUUACUGUUAUUCCACACCUGUUGUUUCGAAGCAUGUGACAAAUAAUAUUUUAUUUUAUUUGUCUCUGUGUGUUGGAAUGUGUGCAUAUGGGUGAGUACCUGUGUGAGUGUGCAUGUGUGUAUUGUUCUGUGUCUUUAGGGGAUGGUUAUGUUUUAAUGCUCUGUGACACAACAUACAGGUAACUGCCAAAAUAAAUUAUUUUGGCAGUUACAUGUGUCACAUUGAAUCUCCAAUUAUCACUCCUUCUCCCUCAAGUGGUUGUUAUCCACAUUCUGUUUGUUAAUGGUGAUCCUCUCUCAUGCAUGUUUGAAAACAUAGUCUUUUUUACUUCUAACAAUAGCCCAAUAACAGCCUUACAGUUAUCAUUGUGUUAUGUGUUUUCUUAUCAAGCCCAAAAUAGAUAACCUGGCCAGGUCAGAUUCAGGGACGCAGAACAAUACAGUGAAAGCUAUUUUCUUUGUCUUUGUUGUCAGAGUCUGUGCCCUUCACCUUUUACCUACGGCCUCACCACCACGGAACAUUUUGUUAUUAAAGCCUCACUUAUUUUCAUACCCAUGGAAACAAGGGAUUCAGUAACAGGGCAAAGAGGGGUUUUUCUCUUCUAUUCACUGGGAGAUGAUCUAGAUCAAGGGAGCACAGAGGCCACAGAGGCACUCAGAUUGAUGGUGGCUUGUGUCAAGAAGUUGAUUUUCAUCAGCUUAAGAAGGCUAAAUAAGGACCAUAUAGUUUGGCUCAAAAGCAGAGCGUUGAAGAUUUUAUUGAGACAAAACCUGAGGCACUAAUGGUAUUAUUGGGUCGUCUACCUUGGGAAUAUUUGGAUCAACAUGAAAGGCUGGAGGGUACUUGGAAACAUGCUGGCUCUUCUAUUUUUAGACGUUCAAUCAAACGUAUUUGCAACUGGUUUCCAUCCUCAGAGCCUCAACAAAACUCACAAACAAAUAUAGUUUUUUUCCAUUAUGAGAUGGACGUAAUCCAAACUAUUGGCCAAUCUGCUGCCACUGUAGGCAAUCUAAUUGUAAAGAAAAACAAGUAUACAACAUUCUGAACAUCUCUUUACAGUAGUUACUUCUUGUGAAUGACUGGCAAGGGUGUUCCUGUCUUCUCUCCUCUAUCGUGAGCUCUAAAUAUGUGACUACAGUACGUGUCUCUCCUCUUGCCCACAGGACAGCUGACUUGGCGAGGGCCGGACCCAGGGCCCCAGGAGGUCCUCGGCAGCCCGCAUCAUGAAGCUGUCCUUACUGGGGGAAGUACUUGGCUGCUUGAGGCCCCCAUUUGGUGACCUGGAGUAGGACGGACCUCCUCUGAUCUAUACGGACAUGUCUUCGGUGAACCACAUGUGAAUACUGAUGCUGAAUCCCAAACCAGUCUCUUCCCAGGUCCUUUCACCUUCCCUCACACCAAGCGAGUUGGUAGGGGUGAAGGGCUGGUUUGGGAUUCCUCGUGAGAGUUCACAUGCCAUAAGAUAGCGAAGGGGAGUGAGCGGAUGUGGGUGGUGGAACUGAAAAAGCCCUUGUUUGGUAGGGUACAGACACUCCUGAAUGCUCCCCAGCUCUACAUACCCCGCCUUCCCACCCCAUCAGUGUCAUGGGAAAAGGAUCCUGGACUACCUAUAAGUGAUUUAGGUUUGUUGGGGCUCAAAUGGGGCUCACCAGUGUUUGACAGACUGAUCGGGUAUCCACCUGUGCCUGUAUGAAUGUCGGAGCAUGUACAUGCUUACUAUUUACUGUGUGUGUGGUCUGUGGUGCACAUACAGUAUUUGUGAUAUCUACUGUUGAAUUGCUGAAAAAACCAUUAAGGGCAUGUAUAAUACCAUGAAAUGAAGUUAUUUGGGUCACGUGGUUAAGUUGCAAUAACGUUUAAUGAACGUUUUGAGAACAUAGUGAACGUUUUAUAAUGGACUGGGAGAGGGAUGCAAAGUGAGAAUGCAUUUGGAGAUCGAGAUGUAAAGCAAUAGAAAGUUAAAGAUGAAGUGAAAGUGAUGAGGGGAAACAGAGGCAGGUACAUUGUUUCUAAGGGUAAGUUUAUUGUAACAUGACUACUGAUGAUCGUUUAAGUGCCAGUUCUGUAUCUUACUCUGGAAACCAAUAAAUGGUACUUGCUGUGUGAGCAUGAGAUAAAGAACAAUAUAACCACUGAGACUUGUUUUAUAAAUCAAGGAAUAGUUGUGUCUUUUGGUUAGUCAAGAAAGCUUUAUUGUUUUCAGCCUUAUUAUUUCAAAGGGAUUUGAACUCAGAAGGAAUCUAGUCUUUGUAAUACUCAGGACAAUAAGGUGAACUAUGUAUACUGUACAUAUAUUUAUGGGUUUAGGCAUGUGAUUUUUCAUACAGUCAUGCGACACUAGUGAGGCUGUUCAACGUUCAAGCUAUUCUAGAUAUUUCAAAGCAAUGCAGGCUGAAUAUGUCAAUAUGGGUCAAUGUUGUUGUCUCACUGCACAUCAAUAGAGAAGCCAAUAAGUGACCUUUGACCUUUUUUAAUCUGCUGAAGGAUCAAGCUUGUUGCCUUCAGGCAGGGGUAAUGGAAUCUCCACUAAGCCCUCAGUCAGUGGAGCACUGAUUACUAACUUGCUUACAGUGGCACCAGAUGUGAGCCCAGGUGCUCAUUGUUCUGUGGUUGCCAGGCAUCAGUUGAGUGAGCAGGUCAGUUCCUCCAUCACCAAGGAUACAACAGGUUACGUAAGAGGAGGGAGUUUAUUUUCAUCUGUAGAGAGACUGCUUGCAGGGACUCCACCCCCUUCAGGGUAGGGAGAAGUAGGUAUGGGCAGGUGAGUUUGACAUGGAUCUCUGCAGAGACAAUAGGGUCUGACCUUUUGUUCGACACAGUAGGACAGAGACAAGAACAGGACCGUAGGGUCAGAGCACUCCAUGUUGGAGGAGGGGCAUGGGGAAAAGAUAGUGUAUAGUAGCAAGAGAUAUCCAAAGCUUCAUAUACAAGAGGUAAGGGAUGGCAAUUAUUCAAUGCUUAGUGCGUCAGAGCAAUAUCACUCUCUUUGCUACUGGACUACUCAUGGAUAAUGUGUUGUUCCUGCAAGGUCUCAAACCCACAAUAUCCUCAUACCUGGCUGAAAUCAAGGACAGCAAAGUGUUGUGAUGCCACAGAGGUUAUUUCUAAAUGGCUGAGCUGCUUUUAGAGUAUACUGGUCUGCUUGAGUUCUCAUUGAUCUUGGUGCCAGAUCCUUUAUACAGUAGCUCUAUUGGGGUUGUUACGUGUCAGGUAUUGAGAACAUACAAGAGCAUGUAUAAUAGUACACUAAUGAAGACCAAUAAUCUGAUCUUUGAAGGAUCUGAAGUCCCUGCUUGUCUCACACUCACAUACAGUAGUUACCACACUUGAUAUCAAAUGACUUUAUUGUUUCUUCUGAAAAUGGUUCUGAGUUAUCAUGUUGAUAAGGGAUAUUAAGGCAGUGGCAACUUCACUUCUGCAACGACAUACUUUUUUUGUAUUUGGGACACAUUCCAACAAGACUUUAUAUUUUUUCAGUCAAAUUAUUGUCAACAAUAUUGAUGAUACUAUUAUCAACAUUAUUAUCAUUAACUGGUCUACUUGAGAAAAGUGUGUUGUUAUCUCACUUGAUUGUAUGUUUGUCAUCUAUUUUAUUUUAAUUCUGUCUAUUUGUAUUGUUUAUGGAGAGAAUUCUGUAGCAUUGUUUAUUUUGUCAUUGUGUGCCAAUGUUAUUUUAUUAUUUGUUGAUGUGUGGCUAAUUGAUACACAUUUUGAUAAUGUACAGUAUUAAACAGAUUUUUCAGCGCCUAGUUUAAUCAGUUCAGAUUUGUCAAAUUGUUAUUGAAGGCUACCACUGUAAACUACUAUCUCGUUCAAAUCUUUAUAAGUGCAUCCUGUAACCAAUCAUAUGGCAAUGUUUUUUACUCCUUGUGUAUUUGUGAAACAGUGAAAUGUACCAUCUCUAGCCUGUUACCUGCUGAACCAGUAGACAUAUAGUAUAUUUAUGUUUAUGAGGGAAAAGUAAAGCCAAUACAUAUUCUGAGGCCAAAAAACUCACUCCGGUCUAAUAUCAGAUGUAUUAUUAGAGGGGCAAAAUGCACCAACUAAUCAUAACCCGAAUACUGGAUUUUUGUAUAUAAUAUGAAUGUAUAUUUACCCAUAGAAUCACAAUUAUUUUAUUAAGGGACAAAUCUCUUCAACUUGAUAGGCUACAUCCAAAAAUAUAUACUGAACAAAAAUAUA